AUGGGAUCCGCCAAGGAAGAAAUUUCUGUCGAUGUGCUCGUUAUCGGUGCUGGUCCGACCGGUCUCGGAGCAGCAAAGCGCCUGCACCAGAUUGACGGCCCCUCAUGGCUGAUUGUCGACUCCAACGAGACACCUGGUGGGCUGGCUUCGACCGACACCACUCCAGAGGGCUUCCUCUACGACGUCGGUGGCCAUGUCAUCUUCUCCCACUACAAGUACUUCGACGACUGCAUCGACGAGGCCCUCCCCAACGAUGACGACUGGUUCACCCACGAGCGUGUCUCCUACGUCCGCUGCAAGCGCCAAUGGGUCCCCUACCCAUUCCAGAACAACCUGUCCAUGCUGGACAAGGACGACCAGGCCAAGUGCGUUGACGGUUUGAUCGACGCCGCACUUGAGGCUCGCGUGGCAAACACCAAGCCCAAGGACUUUGACGAGUGGAUCAUGCGUCAGAUGGGUGUUGGUAUUGCCGACCUCUUCAUGAGGCCAUACAACUUCAAGGUCUGGGCUGUUCCCACCACCAAGAUGCAGUGCCAAUGGCUCGGAGAGCGUGUCGCUGCUCCCAACGUCAAGGGCGUCAUCAACAACAUCAUUCACAACAAGACCGCAGGAAACUGGGGUCCCAACGCUACCUUCCGCUUCCCCGCACGAGACGGUACCGGUGGUAUCUGGAAGGCUGUCGCAAAGACACUGCCAGAGUCCAAGACAAAAUACGGCGACCACGCCAAGGUCAACAAGGUCGACGCCGACGGCCACAAGGUACACUUGAACGACGGCACAGUAGUCAACUACAAGAAGCUCGUCAACACCAUGGCUGUUGACGCGCUCGUUGAGGCCAUGGGCGACAAGGAGCUCAUCGACCUCAGCAAGGGUCUCUUCUACUCAAGCACCCACGUCAUUGGUGUUGGUCUCCGUGGCGAGCGCCCUGAGCGCAUUGGCGACAAGUGCUGGCUCUACUUCCCCGAGGAUGACUGCCCAUUCUACCGCGCCACCAUCUUCUCCAACUACUCGCCAUACAACCAGCCACAAAAGGACGUCAAGCUUGCCACUCAGCAGCUCGCAGAUGGCUCCAAGCCCAGCUCCACCGAACCCAAGGAGGGUCCAUACUGGUCCAUCAUGUUGGAGGUUUCCGAGUCCAGCAUGAAGCCCGUUGACGAGAAGAACAUGCUCAAGGACUGCAUUCAGGGUCUCAUCAACACCGAGAUGAUCAAGUCCGACGACGAGAUCGUAUCAACCUACCACCGCCGCUUCGACCACGGAUACCCCACACCCUCGCUCGAGCGUGAGGGCGUUCUCACUAAGCUUCUCCCUGCGCUCCAGCAAAAGGACAUUCUGUCGCGUGGCCGCUUCGGCUCAUGGCGAUACGAGGUCGGUAACCAAGACCACUCAUUCAUGUUGGGUGUAGAGGCUGUCGACCACGUUGUCAACGGCGCUGUUGAGCUGACCCUCAACCACCCCGACUUUGUCAACGGCCGUAAGAACGAGGAGCGCCGCCUCAAGGACGGUGCCCAGAUCUUCGCUCAGACUCCCCUUGCUCUGAGGAACAAGGGUGUUGAGUAG